UCGCGACUCGCCGUUUAGUCAGUGACCAAGUGUGUGGUGAACCAAAUCCAUUUCUUUCUGCCAUUAAUAAUUUUCGAAAAACUGCGCAGACAAAGUCCACAAAAAGGAGCAUUCCCUAUCUGCAUUACGAAUUAAAACCUGCAGCAAUAAAGUCUUUUUUUUUCGGCCGGGCUCUUGCACUCUAGAUGAACUUUGCAGAGUGCAACGAGUAUAAGAAACCCAUAAAAUUUAACGGAAUAAAGAAAUAAAUAAAUACGAAAAGACAGACAGAUCGGCCGAUCAUCUAUAUACUAGAGGCUUUCCAUUACUGUGGAAUCGGACAAAUAUAUAUGGCGACGAGCGGCUGCUGCGCAUUUGUGUUUGUCCUGAUCGAGAUUGACAUCAUCGGUGCCAGGGAGCAAAACAGAGCUGCAAUACAGAGCUGACUAGCUUGAAUAGGUUUCCAAGAAGAAAUCUACGAAGCUCCACAGGAUUUAUCGUUUCACAAAUCUAUCAAAAGUAUUCACAAAAUGGCCCACCACAGUCAGUUGAGAAUAACAGUGUGGCUUUGUGUGAUUUUGGCCAUGAUCCUGGAUCAACAAUCGCCUGCAGAGGCACGAGUGCGUGACCUGUGCCAGGUAGUGCCGAGCACAAAAGGAGUGUGUAUGCCCACCACCGUGGGAAUCUACUACGAUCCCGAAACGCAGCGUUGUCAGUACAAGGGCUGCAGCAACAAACGGCUCUUCAGUUCUUUGGAGGACUGCGACAAGAUUUGCAACAAUCCGCGGCACGUAAAGCGGCGCAAUCAAGCCAAGGCCAAUGAAACCUCACAUUAGAUACAUCAAAUAAUUAAAUUCAUUUUAAGUGUGUUUCGUUCAGUGGAAAACAAUCAGGCUGAAUAUGAAAUGUUUAUGCCUAAAAAAAUAAAUAUAAGAUGUUUAGUUACAUUCUUAUCAUAAGAUUUGUAAAUUUACAAAUCAUGAAACUAAAUUUUGUUUUUAAUUA